AUGUCUCCUCUUUUCUUCAAUCUGUCAGUCCUUUUACUGUUUGCCUCCCUCGCAACCGCCUUCCAAUAUAACACUUUCGAUGGAGAGGGAUCUCCGGCUUGUAACAAUAUCUCUGCAAUUUGCCAUCCUAUCUCUGUGGAUGAAAUGAUUUCCAUCGUCAAAAAUGCAUCUGCAUCAAACACCCCAGUGAGGGCUAGUGGGAAAGGACAUAUGUGGUAUGACACAAUGUGCUCAGACGAUCCAAAAACAGUUAUUAUGGUCACUGAAGAGGUUUACGGGAUAAGCGACUUCAAUCUGGAAGCAGGAUCUGUGACUAUCGAAGCGGGAGUUACCUUUUUUGAGCUUGCUGAGUAUUUGCAUGAACGAGGCGCUUCUAUUGGAUAUGCUUUGGUGAAUUGGAAUAUGACUAUUGCUGGUGCGGUUGCUAUGGGUGCUCAUCGAAGUUCGUUGAGAGAAGAUUCCAUGGUGGCUUCAGGUGUUCUGGAAAUGUGGAUUAUUGAUGGAACAGGGACACUUCAGCACAUAGUGAGGGACAAUACCAAUGAUGAUUGGCUUGCCGCGUCAACUUCAUUGGGACUUCUUGGUCCUAUCGCAAGGUUGAAGUUCAAGAUUUAUCCGGACACUAAGUUAUAUGCUCAACAAAAGAGGUAAGUCAACGUUCGUUUACACCAACUCCGACAUACGGCUAAUUGAGCACAGUAUUCCCGAAGCCGAUGUUCUAGAUGGAGAUAUCUAUGGUAUGAUAGCACCAUACGCCACCGCAAACUUCUGGUGGUGGCCCUACUUGAAGAAAUUUCAUCACCGUUACUACGAUCUCGUGGAAACAGCUUCUACUUCUCAAGAAGGAUUUCAGUCCACCUUCUCCAUCACUUCGCUCGAAGCAACAGCCGCAAAAGUCCUCCUGGACUCUGGAAAGAUCCUUGCAACCUCCAACUUCCUCUCGGAAACCAUCUUUGAGGGACUUUGGGCACAGCCUAAUUUCCACGAGAAAUCCAAUGAUACAGUAAUCAAAGACUGGCCAGUUUACGGGUGGAACUACGACGUUCUAAUCGGUGGUCUCUAUCCUGGAAUGAAACCAGAAUGGGAUUAUCAACUCUCAGCCUACACACUUGAACUUGCUGUCCCAGUAACAUUAGCCAACAAUUUGCUGAAGAGGGUUAGAGAGCUUUUUGAUGAAUCAGCAGAUAAAGGGUUGAUUAUGUCGAGUACGUAUCGAAGCGGGAUCAACAUUAAAUUCGGACGGCCAUAUGAGGAUUUACUCGGCCAGGUUUGGACGAAUGGGACAAAGGAUGGAGCGGAUUGGAGUAAGGGGGCUAUAAUGUUUGAUUUUCCUAGCUACAAGCCUACGUGGGGUGAUAGGCUGAGGUUCAAUGAGCCGUUUUGUGGGUUUUUCUUCUUUGAAACAGGUGCGCAGCAAAUGCUAACGAGACAGAUCAUAAUCUUGCGACUACCAUUAUUGACGAGUUUCCUUGUCGCCCUCAUUGGACAAAAAAUACGCGUGACGUUUUCACGCAAGCUGUUAAAAAUUUGGAUCCUGAUGUAAGUUUGGUGGUUCCUUUUAUUACCGUUAAUUUGACCAAUAUUGACUCAAUAUUGUAGCACCUUGCACGAUUUGCUGCUGUGCGCCAAAAGUUUGAUCCAAAGGGCAUUUUCAAGAGUGUCGUUGGCGAAAUUAUAGGGGUCUCGUAG